UAUUAGAGAAAAUGAGUCAUAAGUUGAUUCCCUGAAAGCUGAAACUGAAUCUCCAUUUAUUUAAUUACUUAAUAAUUAAACGCUGGAAAAUAUUUAUAAUUUGGAGCGAACUCAACUGGAGUCUCACUUUUAUGAAUCAUUUCAUUCCCGCCACUUCUCUCUCUCUCUAACAAAAACACACACACGUACAAGUGCAUACACGCACAGCAAGCAUCAUUCCAGUAAGAGAAUUGAAUAGAAAUCAAUGGGUAGAACUGCCAACGAAGAGAAUUCCGACGGUAUAGAAAUCAUAUCAAUCGGAAAGCUCUACACUGGUCCAUGGGACAAGAAGUAUUGGAGCUCAUCUAGGGGCAAAGACCGGUAUCCGUAUCCUGUUGGAUUCAAAUCAUUAAGGACUCAAAAUGGGGUUACUUACAUGAUGGAAGUUCAAGAAGGUCUUAAAGGUCCCUCAUUUACGAUUAGUUCAACUGAUGGAAAAUCAUGUUGUGGAGACACUCCAGACAUGGCAUGGGAGAAUUUGCAGAAGAAAGGCUGUUCAAAAUUGUGGCAUGGGAAGAGAUUUUCAUGUAAAAUAGAUGGAGUAGAGUUUUUUGGAUUCAAGAACACAUUUGUUCAGAGGUUAAUGCGCGAAUUGGUAGCAAAUGUUGGUGGAACAGCUGAACAGAGUUUGUUGCCAUCAAACUUCUUAAGUGGAGCUUGCCAGAGCAUUCAUCAAUUGCAGUGCAAAGCAUCAGGUCCUGAUCCUGAUUUGCUGAAAUAUUUGGCGAGACCACGUAUUACAGGGAAGAGAAGCAGGAAAUACCAAGUUGUCAAUAGUAAACGACUUAAUGGGACUCAUUUCGAACAUCAUCAGCAAGAAAAUUGCAAAAUGAAUGCCAGUAUUUCAAAUUCCAAUCAAGGAGAUCAAUCAAACUGCGGAAGCAGUGAUCCUUCAAGUUCUGCUGCUGCCAGUGAAGUCUCUCAGUUUCGUAAUAGUCGAGAAGUAUUAGGACCAGAACACUCAGCUGCUAUAACUGAGAACGGGAACAAUCUACCUGUUGCAGAAAGAGGAUUCCAGGAUUCUUUAGUUAUGCCUGAUCAUCUCAAAGUAGGAGGUGAUAUUUUCCAAGAAAGAGAACUGAUGAGUUCUAUGAAUCAUGUUGGACUGGAUGUGGAUAACUUGCUCCAAAACCAAGAACCUAGUGGUAAAUCAAGAAAUAUUGAUGUCCAAGUCCCCAAUAACUUAUUACCAGAAGAGAUGGGUGGAGAAACAAAUGUUCAGCAUGGCAUGCUGGUAGCUAAUGAUGCUGAUCUUUGGGCUCCUGACACUUUGGAUCAUGCUGGAGAUAGCUCAUCAGUUCAUUCUCCAAAGAAUGAUGUGGAAUUACAUUGGAUUGUGAAAGAUGCAAUUGUAAAUGAUGUGACCAAGUCUGUGAUUUUAGCAACUGAUUCCCUUCUAGAAGAUGAAAAAGGCACAUCUGUUUACAACCCAAGCUCAGAAAAGAGUGAUACUGAUUCAGUUGGUCAAGAAAUAGCCAAGUCCAUGAUGACAGUUUUACUUCCUCGUGCUGUUCCUUUACUUAAAACAUUCACUAGAAAGAAAAAGAAAAGUGCAAACACUUCAAAAAUCCCUCCUCCUAGAUCUCAGGAGGAAAAUAAAAUGACCAACAUUAGCAUGAAUGAUGCGACCAUUGCCAGAGAGGUAGCUGAGCAUUCAGAUUUGUGGGGAAAGAAUGGAAAUGCAUGUAUUCCCUGUGCUGGUCAUGAUUCAGUUGUCUCCACCUCUGGGAACUCAGAUUCUGUGGUGCCUGAUAGUUUUGAAAAUGAAACUGAUAAUCCUCAAGAUCUCCUUCCUCUAGCUGAUGCUUUCAAAGCUGGUCAAGUGCCAUCUGGCAUAGACCCUUGUGCACGACUGCCAACCAAUGGAAAUGCAGAAGCAAAUCCACUGCUUAGUAGUAGUGGAAUUAGAGAGCAUGUCAUAAAUCUUCAUUCUGAAGGCCAGACUGUUUUAAGUGAGAAGCCUAUAAAAGACAGUCGGAAGGCCAAUGCCAUGUUAGUGGUUACGACAGAUGCUAUUCUACCUCAUGUUAUGGAAAUUACAGCCGACUCAAAGACAGCCAGAUUUGACUGCAAUUCCAUGGAUAAACUUCCUUCUACUCAUGCAUCAUCAUUGCAAGGGACUUCUAGAUCAGAAAGUAAAACGAACAGAAGCUUCUCAGAUACUUGUAUACCUGAGAAAUCUGAUGCUGAGCAUAAAGACAAGGACUUUGCUGAUUGUAAUAAAUCAGGUUUAAAUUUUCAAAUCAAAAGUACGAGUUAUUCCUGCAGUGUGAGUGCAAACAAAAAAAUGAUUGAUGAUUCAAGGUCAAAUGGAAAAGUAAAGUUAAAGAGCAAGCUACAGGGUCUUCCCGAGCUCUUUGCAUGCUAUGUCCACCCGAUGCCAGUUUCAAUGGUGGAGCUGAUUGGUAAAGAAAAUGAGAUUUUCAUUUGUGUUAAAUGUGGACACUCAGAGCAGAAGGAGAACAUCCUCUUUGUCUACAGGGCCAGAAAGAAUGGAGAAGAUAUGCGGUACCCUUCAUUGAUUGGCCAUGUGCCAAUUGCCUUGCAAAUUCCAGAAAAUGUACUUGGUAGAAAUAUUUGUGUGGAGAGAUCUUCAAUACAGUUAACCCCAGAUGGAGAAUCACUUGUUCUAUUAAACAGCACAAAAGUUCCUCACUGUAGGGAGGGUAAAUUGCAUUGUUCAUGUCCAGCUUGUACUUCAGAUUGCUUUGAGGAGAAUGGUGUUAAAAUUGUGAAAUUAAGCAGUGGAUAUGCAUCACUUGUGACAAGACUUGAAACAACUCAAGGUGUUUGUUGUUUAUUAGUUUGUGAACCUAAUAUUCUUCUUGCUGCUGAGGAAGGCGGGAAGGUGAAGCUUUGGGGCAUGAACUCUGGAUGGAGUGGACAGAAAGAAGAUUUGUAUUUACCUACAUUUGACUGCGUGUUUCCUAGUAUAGUGGACUUGAAGAGAAUUCCAAAGUCUACUAAUUUGGUUAUUGGCCACAAUGGAUAUGGUGAAUUUGGCUUAUGGGAUAUUGACAAGCGCCACCUGGUAUCAAGAUUCUCUUCCCCAGGCAUGUCAUUUUUGGAGUGUGUUCCAGCCAGUAUUUUCAGAUGGCAAAUAAAAGGAGAGUGUAAGACGGGGGUGCUCAUAAAUGAAAUCAUGGAUGCAACAAGAAACUGGUUUUCAGGGAGAAAUGAAAACCAGGCUUUCUCACCAAAGGAUAAAGACGUAGCUAUCUGGCUUCUGAUCUCAACUGCCGCUGAUCCAGAUUCUCAAUGUUAUAAACCAUGUGAACAAGAAGCAAACCUAGGUAGAUGUUGGAGGCUUGCUUUGUUGGUCAACAACACAGUUAUCAUCGGAAGUGCCUUGGAUGGAGGUGCUGCUGCUGUCACAUCUGAUGGUCAUGGUAUUAUUGGUAGAAGUGAUGGACUGGUUUACAUGUGGGAAUUAUCCACAGGAACGAAGCUAGGAAACCUACACUCCUUCAAAGGUAGCAGAGUAUCGUGCAUUACAACUGACACUUCAAACUCAGGUGCUUUGGCAAUAGCUAGCGGAGGUCAGUUGCUGGUGUAUCUGCCAGCCAUCUUAAAGAAACCUUUUGCGAGAUCUGUUGAUGUCACUGGUAACAAAAUAUAUUGUUCUUUGUCCAACUGGCAUGGGAUUCACAAUUCACCUGGACGAAUUAAAAAAUCAAAACAAAAAUGAGAGAAUCCGGUGGCCUGAUUGCUGUAGAUGAAAUUUUCUGGUUUAGCGCUACAAGUUACAAAUUAUCGGCUGACUGUUUCUUUGAAACUCAUGCACUUCUGUCAAGAUGUAUAUAUCAUAGUGAAUUUGUAUUAUGAUAUUCAGUCUGCUAUUCAAAAAAGAAU